AAUUUGUCUUUUGUUUCUUCUAACUUUUGAGAAAAUGAGAUUUUAAUGAUUGUUUUCUCUCCUGGUGGAAAAGUGUUUUCUUUUGGCCAUCCAAGUGUUCAAGAUCUGAUUCAUCGUUUUGAGAAUCCUAACUAUAAUUCUAUCAUUGUCCAUCAACAAAACAACAAUCUACAACUUGUUGAAACCCGUCCGGAUAGAAAUAUCCAAUAUCUCAACGAUAUACUGACCGAGGUGCUGGCAACCCAGGAAAUGGAGAAAAAUAAGAGAAUGGUUUUGGACAUAAUGAAAGAAUCCAGAGAACAAAGAGGAAACUGGUAUGAGAAAGAUGUGAAAGAUCUCGACAUGAAUGAAACCAACCAUCUGAUAUCUGCUCUUCAAGAUGUGAAAAAGAAACUGGUAAGUGAAAUGUCUCAACAUUCUCAAGUAAAUGUUUCUCAGAAUUACUUUGGCCCAAGGUCUGGCUUUAUUGGUGGUCCUAAUGUUGAUGUUGGCAUUGAUCUUUUUGAUCAAAGAAGAAAUGCAUUCAACUAUAAUCCAAACAUGGUGUUUCCUAACCAUACACCAAUGUUUGGAUACAACAAUGAUGGAGUUAUCGUUCCGAUAUCCAACAUGAGCUAUAUGUCAAGUUACAACUUCAACCAGAGCUAGAGCCUGAAGCUAGAAGAACAUCCUAAUCAAUAUUUGCGUUAUUUUGGCCAUGGCUACUGUUAGGAUUGUUCUUGUAUUGUGAGACUUUAAGUUUUUUUUUUCUUCUUUACUUUGUUUCAGUUUGUUUGUUUUUCCUUUUCGUCGUUUGUUUUUCUUUGUUUUUUAAGGAUAUUUUGAGACCAGAAUAAAUUUAUUUAUCCUUU